GAUUUUCAUAAUAAGUGAAAGUUUUUUGUCAUAAAUAGUAAUAUAAAUCACUCACGAGUUUAAUGUAUUUAAGGAAAUCAUUAAAAACAUGUCAUUUGCUUGUUUGUCGGCAAAGAUGCGUGAAUUGGUGUCAACUGGUGGUCAACAGAAGACAAUUAAGCGAUGAUAACAAUGAAGACAAGCAUAAAGACCUUGACAUGAAAUAUGAUAAUCGUGUGGACACAGUGUCCAAAAGGGGUGAGGAAGAGAUGGCAGACCCUAAGGACAGAGUUCUUGUGGCCAAACAUAAUCUCAAUCAACUGAUCGACACAUUGAAGUCGAAGGAAAUGUUCGGCAAAUCGGACGAUAAGCUGACAGAGGUUUUGGCGAAACCCGUCUUUCAUAUCAAACAGAGCCGUCGAAAGGAGGUCCCAAUCGACGACAAUAUGAAUGAGAAUAUAAACGAAAUCAGUGGCCAAAUCGAUAAGCGGUUAGUAAUGGCGGCCAAAGGUAUCGCUCGGUCACUGAGUGGCGAAGAGGCGAAGAAGACUGAAAACGAUUUGUUAAAACUCUUGAAACUGCAGAUUAUUGAAACCAAUUACGCCAAAAGUGGACAAAUUAUGCCGAAAGACAAAUUGGCAUCACUUUUGGGUGAUAUGAAAGUUCUUAAGGAGGAGCCGAGGGAGCAGUUCUUCACUCCAAUCGUACCAAUGAGUGAACAAAGAUCUUAUCAAACGAGAGAUUCAAGUGGACACACAGACAAACCCACAGCCGUUGGCAAAGGGAAACAUAGGAUUCUCGCCACGAAAGAGCUACCCCUUAAGGGACGCGAACCCACGUUCUUUCCGUGCGGCAGACUAACAACGAUCAGUCGCUAUCCCACCACAACCACCAAGGCCCAUGUUGUUAAAUAUUAA